AUGAACGAGCAUCAAGUUGAAGAAUACCAAAGAGAGGAGGCCAUUUUUAACGGGCUUCUCGUCGACCUGGACGGGACGCUCAUCGACUCAACAGAAGCCGCCGUCAAGCAUUGGGCAGAUGUAGGGAAGAAGAUCAACGUCGAUCCAACAGUUAUCCUCGAGAUGUCGCAUGGCCGUCGGAGCCUCGAUGUGCUGCAAGUCGUUGCACCAGAUUUCGCUACCUGGGACUUCGUAAGGUCCAUUGAAUGCGUGAUUCCGGUCAAUCACGGUUACCUGGCCAAGGAGAUUCCAGGUGCUGUCGACUUUCUUUCCGCUCUCGCUGCGCAUUCCGUGCCCUGGGCUCUUGUGACGUCGAGCACCCUACCACUCGUACAACAAUGGCGGGAAACGCGGAAGCUACCACUGCCGACGGCGCUAGAACUCCUCGUCACGGCAGAGUCUGUGGAGAACGGCAAGCCAGAUCCUGCUGCUUAUGUGCUAGGGCGUGAAAGGCUCGGCAUGGUUGAUGAACAGUUUGACAUGCUUGUCAUUGAAGAUAGCCCCGCGGGCAUUGCGGCCGGCAAGGCAGCGGGCUGCAAGGUUAUCGGCUUACUAACUAGCCAUACGUAUGAGCAGAUUACGUCGUCGGGGCCUGACUGGAUCUUGCAGGAUCUGCGGUCGCUGAAGAUCUUGCGAAAUAUGAAUGGGAAAGUGGUAGUUGAGAUGUUCCUUAACUCCACCUUCAAAAGGCAGCCCGACGGCAGCGGCCAUGUCCCAAUGACGGCGACUUUCCGCGUCAGCACGGCCAACGAUUUCCUCCCCAACUCCCAGCUCAUCCGUUCCAAUCGAAGUCGCCUCUCGUCCAAGGCCUGCCGCAUGUGCCGGGCGCGAAAGGUUAAAUGCCAUCUAGGCGACAACUCUAGUGAACACUCCUGUCGUGCGUGUAGGCAAGCCAACAUGGAAUGUGUCUGGGACACGACAGACGGGCGGAAGCGACGUAAGCUGCGUGCUGGACAUGAGCAGGUGGCGGGCAGUAGCACUGAAGCGCAUCCACCUCGGGCUGGCGGAUCCCCGAUAGAGCAUUUGCCAUCACAGGUGGACGCAGAGACGGGGCCUGCGAAUCAGCUUAUCUUGCCAGAUCUUGAAAACGAUCCCCUACGUUUGUAUGGGAUUGGCGACCCUGCAAAUUCGUUCGACCGCGGCCAUUCUCUAAUGCCAGUGCCGUGGCCCCAAGCAGGAAUUUCAGACAUGGACAAUGAAGGCCUAGGGACCAUGGCCAUGUCGCCAGCCUGGCCUGCUGUUGAAGACUAUCUUCUGAAUCUCGACGCCGUCACUUGCCCAAGUGAUCAUAACGAUUCAGCCUCGAUUGCAAUCCCCGCCGCAAAGGCGCGACCAAAACAAAUUCGUCUCCGCAUAUUCCGACGGUACGGCCCAACGGCGGUGGCUCCUGGCCUGAAGCGACUCUCCGUCGCUGUGGGAGCGCGUCAUGAUAGCAGUUCAGGGCCACUAUUGCAAGACCUGGGUGAAGCAGAUAUGCCCAUUAGCACGCAACAAACGCCAUCUUCCGUCACUUCUUCGGGCUGUCGAUCUGAUGUGGUGCCAGAUUGCUUCUACGGACUGCCUUCCAAUACGGUAUAUCGGGCCCUCGAUAUCUUCUUCCAGACCUUUGGCGGCCAUUUUCCUUUUCUCAACAAACAUAUCCUUACAAGCCAUGUCCGUUCCAGGCAGGCAUCCAAGUUCCUCAUUAGCUCCGUCUUGGCCCUGACGGCUCGCUUUUGCCCAGCCAACAUGUUUCAGUUGACGACAGACAGCGAUUCGGAGUGGCGGACAGAGACACAGUUCCUUAAAGCCGCCAAGGAACAACUCAUGUGUCUCUUGGCGGUCCCUGCACCCGACGUGGUUGCUGGGCUCAUCGUCCUUUCCUGGGCAGAAUUCGGAAGCAACAGUGGCGAAGGAGGCUUGUGGAUGUUCUCAGGCAUGGCCAUCCGCAUGACCCAGGACCUCGGCCUUCAUCGCUCUGACACGACCGACCUCGAUCCGCGAGUGGCUUUCUAUGAUCACGCUCCGCCCAGUCCGAAGGGCAUUCGCGUUCCCACUAACCAACAGUCUACUCUUCAUCAACAAAAGUCAAGACUUGUCAUGUUUUGGUCUGUCUUCACCUUGGACGUCUAUGUCUCCUUGCUUAUGGGACGUCCACCCACCAUCAGACGUGCCGAGAUCGAGGUACCGCUCCCGACCUCGGACGACAUGAAGCCGGUCCACCUCGACUUUGACGGUUCUCACAAGAUGUGUCACUUCAUAUUUCCUGCAAUGGCACGUUCCAUGUACGUCUUUUCUGAAGCUGUCGAGCUAUUUAACUUAAACAAGGACGCCGAAUCCACUUGCCCCCUUGAAAAAAUCGACGACCUUGAGAAGAAGGUGGCACAAUGCCACAAGCAGCUCGACGCUAUUCUUCUCUUCAGCACGGAUAACUACAGGAAGUCUUUGAGUGAUGGACAGGGCGGCCUCUUUUUGAUGCUCCACCUCUACUUCUACACCUUUGUCACACUCUUAUCAACCAGAAGAUCUCAACCACUUAUUGCGCAUGAGAGGAGCAAGAGAUCUGCUCGGGUUUCUUGCCACAAGAUUUUGCAGACUCUGGUGACUGCUGAAGCCAUCGACGAUAAGGGGUACACGGCGACUCCCUUCAUGGCAUAUAGCAUCUUUGUCGCAGCGUCCACGUUGCUGGAAGACAUGGAGGUCGACACCAGAGGAGCUGGCAAUUUCAUCACUGCAGUCGGUUUUGCCGAUAUCGAUUUUCUCAGCCAGAAGCUCCACGAGAUUUCUCGCUUCUUUCACGGUUUGAACGCAACCAUCGAUGCUAUCGACCUGAAGAGGCGAGGUCGGGGACCCGGCAGCAGCAACAGCACGGAGGACGGGGAAGAUGCAGAACAUCACUCCGUUCUCGAGCUUCAAGACGCGGGUAUCAUCAACAGGUACACAAUUCCUACGACUACUAACGAAGGAAACUCGAGCCUUUGA